AUGUCUUCUUUCCGCCAGUUUGUGUGGGAUCCAGUGCUUCUGAUAAGCCAAAUGACAUGUCUGCAAACAUUUUUUUAUGCAGCACAAAUGUCGGUCAUGUUGCUAUGUAGUUUCUACGGAUACGAACCGCUUAUCUCUUCGAUUUUCUCUACACAGACACAACGCUCGAUGGCGCUUAUUCAAUUAAUUGCUUCGGUUGGAGUCUCAUUUGCUCUUUCUUAUUUAGUUCAAAGAGCCAAGCAAUGUUUGGAUUUUGCAUGUACGGUGUACUUCUUUCAUUUGAUAUGUGUAACAAUCUACAAUCGUACCCUUCCCACUCAAUUCACAUGGUGGAUCCUGCAAGUAAUCUCGACAACAGUUUGUACAGUGCUUGGUGAAUAUCUUUGUAUGAAGAUAGAAUCUCAGGAAAUCAAGUUAGAAGGCGGACCUUCACGAUACGACUUGUAA